AACUACCAUUUAAUUACUUGUAAGUAAUUAUGUAAAAUAUUUUUAAUGUUGUGACAACUGACAAGUGGAAUAUUCACAUAGGAGAUGCUUGCAGAUAAGAAGUAUUCGGAUCACAACGUUUUUCUUUAUACCACAGAUCAACCGGAGUAUUUGAAACCUUGCUUGAAAACAUCAAGUAGAGCUAAGUCAAUGCAAGCUUCAAGUAGUUUGAGGCAGCCACCAUUGAAAGGUCAAAAAUGCAGAAUAGUUACACCAAACAAAAGUGUGGGCCAUUCAGUUGCGUCUUAUGAACCAUUCAUUCAAUAUCAUGAAGCAUAUGAUCCAUUUCAGACUUCUGGAAAAGGUGAGAAUUAUGCGGACAACAGCAGUUCAUCUCUCCUGGAAGGACAUAUUGCACAAGCUACUGUUAUAAAUGAUACAUCUGCAUUAAAGACCCAAACACAUAAGAGCAAGAAAAUUUCUGAAGUUAAGACUGCUGGUAUCUCGACAACUGUUGUUCAUGUUGAUCCAACGGAGGUAUACAAGCAUUUACAAAGAGAAGAUGCUAGAAAACUGGACAAUCCGACUUCCAAUUCUGGUUUUGGACAGCCUUUUUCCACCAAGUUUCUAACUUCACCUGAUGCACCAUAUAAGAGAAUUGAUCUCGUCAAACAAAGAAAAAAAAUGGAACAAAAUUCAAUGGCACUGUUGCGACUGAAAGAAAAAAUUCAAAGACAGAAACAAAGAUCUCCUUCCGUAGAUGGUUCUCGAAAAGCAGAAGGUUUCAGUCCUACUAAUCAAGUUUUUUUGAGGCCUAGUACAGAAAGAAAUCAUGAUAAUCAUAUUAUACGGAAGACUGCGGUUGGACCUGUUGCUCCUAAAUACAAGGGAUUUAGUACUACAGAAACAAGGAUUCAGACUCCUGAUGGUAAAGUAUGGAAAGGUGGAGAAGCAGCAGCAGUCAGAUCUUAUCAUCCAAUGAAAAAGCCUAAAGCUGUGUCCUCUUUAUUUGAAAGUAAACAAGCCAGUAAAGUCCAUGCAGCAUCCAAUUCUGGAAAAAAAAAAAGUAAAAGCGCGAAUCCUAUAAGGAAAACCGGUAAAGUAAGACUCGAUCAUCCCACUCAUAAGAAAAGUAUGAUCACUCCAUCUUCUUGGAGAGAAGGUAGAAGAGUUGCAGAAUCUAUUCUUGGACCUCCUCCAAAACAACCAAAAAGGAUUGUAGCAACAGAUGUAACGAAACCUGAUCAAAACAAAGAGUUACCAUCUAAACCUGACCCACUGUUAUCUGCAAAACCCAAUCAAGAAAAAUUGUCAACGAUUGCUCGUGGAGUGUUGAAUGAUCUUGGUCUUGGUUCAGAAGAUGAAGCUGACAAUAAAAAAUUUGAUUUGAGUAGAAGACAAAGGGAAGCAGACAGAUCAAGAAGACCAAAGAAACAUCAACCAACAAAAGUUUCAGGUGAUUCCAAGAUUAAAAUGGAAAAAACUCGACAUUAUGAUCAAAGUGAGGUGCAACAAUAUAUUGCAAAACAGAAAGCCGAUCGCAAAAGAAAACAAAGUCAAGAAAGGAAAGCAAACAAAGAUGCUUAUGAAAAGAAACAAAAGCAAUUGGAUGAAUUGUAUCGGAAACAAAAGGAAGCUGCAUCUGCUAAGAGGAAACUAAUGGCUUCUGGAGGUCAACUAUCAAAACAACAAUCAACACAUGAACAUGUUGCUGGUGAUUGGGUUGUCCAAGAAGAUGACAGUGACAAAGAAAACGAAGAAAAUGAACAGAAUGUACAAGGACAAUCUAAGUUUGACGAAAGAAUGUCAGCACUUAUGGAAAAACUCGAUCAAUAUCGACCAAGUACAACACAAUCUACAAAUUCCUACAAAGUACCAAAUAAAGAACCUGAUAAACAUUUCGAAUACAAUAACAUUCCAAAUUCCAAUAUGCCUAGUUCAUCUAACACAGCUUCGGAAUUUAUGCAAAAACUCGACCAAUAUUUGAAAGAUGAUGUACCUGUUCCAAAGUCUCUUGGAACCAAAUCGCGUUUGUUUGAAAACGCUCAUCGUGAACCGGAAGUUCAUGCCAACCUCACUAUUGAAGAUUUAGAUACUCAGUUUUCUGGAAAAGGUACAAUUGAAGUUGAAAAUACCAAUCCUCCUGACAAUUUUGUUCCAAGAUUACAUGAUCAAGGUUUAAAACAGAGAUUACGCUGUGAAAAGAUAGCAGCUUUGAAAGCAAAAGCUGAGUCACUUCAGGAAAGGAUAAAUGUGGAAUCGAAACGAUUAGUGGAACAACCUUUUGUGCCGACGAAAACAAGUCUUCAAGAUGUUGAUGCCAUAUUAAGAAGAUCUCCUCGUUAUCCCUCUAUACCUCCUACAAAUGCAUGGUCACCAGAAAGAAUUGGUUCCAGUUCUAUUCCAGUCAGCAGCAUCCAUAUUGGAGUUGAUGUUCCUGACAGUCCAUUUCGAAAAGAACAUUUUCAAGAAGUAGAGCUUCCUGGUGUAUCUGAUCUUCAUAGGCAUGUUGAUUCUGUGCAAAAACAGAAAUCUGAAAAUGAAGCAACAUUGUUUAAAAUUAAUUCAGAAUUUAGAAGCAAAAGUCCAAUAAGUUCUUUUCCUGAUGAAUGGAGGUUAACAACGGAAGGGUUGAGAAAUGAUCGACCGCUGUCACCUUCAGCUGAUGAGGAAGAACAGAUAGCCAGCAGCAGUCAAAGUUCUUCCAGAUCUUCAAAAAGUGAUUUAUCCCAAGAACGUAACACUCCUCUAAAGCUACGUUCUGUGGAAGAAAUUCUGAAAGAAAUGAAAAGUAAAGAAUAUGCAGUAUCUGAUCCUCAACCACUUCCAUUUGAAGAAAAAGAAAUUCAAUCGAAUAUUUUCGGAUCGACUUCAAGAAAAAAUGAGCAUGACUUGUUAACAGAUUUGAAAAGUUCUAUCUUCCCUAAAUCACCAACAACACCGGUUUCUCCUGUGAAUAAAGAUCAACCACCCUGGGAACGAACAGGAGGAGAUAAAUACAGUGUUGUCAAUCUGUUUACAAGUAAAUAUCUCAAAGCUUUGAAGAGUAGUAACAAGGAGAAGAACAAAGAUAAAGAAAGCAACGUUAGAGCUAAAGAAAGUGUACAAUCUGUACCAGAUACCUCUAUGAAAAAUGAACUACAACCUCCAAACCAGUCUUCCUCUGCACCCAUGUUAUCUACCUCACACAAACAAUCUGAAACAGCAAGUUCAAGAACACAUAAAUAUCCUCACAUAGAUGAUACAAUACAUGAUGAUUCUGAAUCUUUGUCAUCAACCACGGAAUACUCGUCAAAACCACGAAAAAUGAGUGAAACGGAAUUGAAAAAGGUGGAUGAAGAUCAAUCUGUUAUACCAAAAUUAAAAAGCAGUACUUCGCAGGAUAUAUUUGAAGAGAAGGUUUCAGAAAACAAAGAAAAUUCACGUCCAGAAAAGUCAAUUUCAUUUUCUUCUGAAAAAUCUGAUGUUUCAAUGGAACCAAUACAACCUGUAAUUCCAAUCAAAACUUCGCUUCCCGUCUUGGAUACAGAAAAAAAAUUCUCUCCAGCAGCAUUAGAACUUAAAUUAACAGCGGAGCUGAAUUAUCAAGAGGCGAUCGAAGAGUCGUUACGGCAUAUUGUUGGCGUAGAAAGAACCCAGCAUGUCAGUCAGGCGCAGCAAGAAACUGUUUCUUUGGCUCAGUUAAUGAAAGCUCGGCAGUUGGAACAUGAAGUUGAAAUGGAAAAAAUAACAAUCAAAGCGAAGGAAGAAGCGCUUGAAGCAGAAAGAAAGAGACAACAAUCUGAGGAAAAAUUAAAAAUGAAACCAUCGAAGUCUCAGGGAUCAUAUUAUGGAACUUCGGAAUCUCAAAUGAGAUCAAGAAGAAGCGAAGAGAAAAUUUCUGACUAUUUUGACAGCAAUUCUACGUCUCCAUCUAGAAGUAGCAAAGCAGAUUCAUACUCUAUUACUGAAUCAAUCAGCAAUGACACAAGAACUGAUAAAGACCUUGACGAACAUAUGAAAGAUGCUCCUAUCAGAAAAGAUAAGAAAUCGUAUUCUCCUCGGAUUAAAAACAUGCAAAAACAACGUAUCAUUCAUCGGUCCGACAGUGAUACAGAAUCUAGUAUUACAGAAGAAAUAUUUUCAUCCAGGAAAGGAAGUCAAGAUAAACUUGAUUUAGACAAAACUCUUCCUUCAAAGAAAGAAAAUCAAGACAGCUCUGAUAGGUCAAUUACUGAGGAUAUCAUGGAUCAGAGCAACCAAAGUAGUAUUCAUUCUGAUAUUGGGAAAACAAGCAAAGCUCGGAAAAGUGAUGCAGGUCAGACUUCUGACAGCAGUGACACGUCUCUUCGUUUCGAUGAAGCACUUACUGAAGAUGAAAUUGCAGAAAUCUCACGCCGUGUUGUUGUGCCAUCAGAAAGUCAUCGCAGACAUCAGCGGAGACGCGCAACUGGUUCACUAGAUAAAUCUGAUUUGUCUUCAGAUGAGCAAUUAUUAUCAUCUGCAAGACAAAAAUCUUUCCGUGGUGGAGCAACUAAAGGAUUGGAUGAUUUCAAUAUUGGAUCUUCAUUGCCUGGUGGAACUGAUAAUGAAUUUGUUCAUUUCAUGGAUCAGAUGGUUCGUCAAUACAUGUUGGAAGAAGAAGUUCGAGCGAAACAUCAAGCUGCUAUGUUGAAACUUAGAGAAAGAGCUAUCAAGGAAAAAUCUGAGACAGAAUUGUCGUGGUUGGAACAAGUUAAAAAACAGGUUCGAAACAAAGGUGACGAUGACAAGAUGCCUCCUAUUAAGAAGAAGCAACGAGCAAUAUUACUAAGAUUAAAACUCGAAACUGCGGAAAUCAAAAAAUUGAAAGCUGUCACCAAGGCUGCAAGUCAUGAAAGAAAGAUGUUUUUACAGCAACAAAAGGAAAAUGCAGCUAGAAGAGCUAAAUUACGAGCAGCUGAAGAGGAGCUGGAUGGUGAAAUUGCGAAAGUGAAAUCGAAAUCACAAGAAAGUAAUCUGGCUUCAAAUAAUUCAGUUCCCAACAUUGAUCUGUCUAAUUCACCAGAUUUAGAAGAUGUCAGUGAGAGUAACUCGGAGCUAGAUACCUCGUCAACGUCUUCCGUCCUUAUGAAGAAACUAAAGAAACAAAUUCCUGGUGUGUUGGAUGAACAUAGAUUGACAAAACGUGAACAAAGAUUGAAUCAAAGAAAGAAACAAGCUGAACAAUUAAUAGCUUGGAAGAAAAAACUCGACAACGAAGAGAAAAAGGUGUAUAAUAUUGAGAAAAAAGCAUUGUCUGUGUGGGAGAAAGAUCCUGACAAUAAAUCUGAGAAGACUAAACAUCCUUCAUUUGAUUCAACAGAGAAUAGUAGACCCAAGAAGUUAGCUUCUAAAGAUGAGCUGUCUAUAGCAGAUGAAUCACCUAGUGCAAAAUCACCUGAAAGUGAGCACCAUUCAUCUCCUCCUCCACCCUCACGAUCUGAAAGUUCUAUUGCUGAAGAAAUUUCUCAGUUGAACAGUGAAACAAACAGCAGUAUAUCUGCCAUAUCUCCUGAACAGAAUAAUGAAAAACAAAGAUAUCAGGAAGAAUUGAGUGAUGGUACUAAUGCAGAAUACAGUCAAUCGUUCGAAUCUCUCACUGCGUCACAAAAAUCGCCUCGCUCACCUAAAAGUCGCAGCGAAAAGAGCAAAGUUCAGAAAUCAAAACCAGCUAAAUCAACGACUAAAGUUGAAGAUAGUUCUGAAAGAAAACCUGGUGACACAAGUCCUUCAGCUACAUCUCUUCUUCCAACAAAAUCAAGAGAUGAGAAGCGUCCGAUACUGACUUCAAAGAAAGCUACAGGACGAGAACAAGAAUCUGCUUUACAAAGAAGAGAAUCUGCGGAAAGUUGGUCCGAUGAAUCUUUCUCUCAAACACAAUCUGAAACUGAACAAAGUGAUAUAGAGUGUAGAGUACGAGCUUUGAAGGAAGAAUUAAAACGCAGAAGAUUGAUUGCUGAACGCUUGAAAAAAGAACAAAAGCGUCGACAUAAAGAUCGUCUCAAAGCUCAGGAAGCAAGCUUGAGAAGUCAAAUUGAAGCAUAUGAUGUCUUCAUCCAAAAAACACAAAGCGAGCUCACACAAGAGUUAGAUCAUCAAUUGAAUACUAAUGCAUCACACACGGCCGUAUCUAAACCUCAGAUCAGAAGUCCAAGAAAAAGCGAUCAGGCACGACAAUCUGCCAGGGCGAUAAGAUCAACGACAGCAGCAGUUGUUUCACCUGAAGCCUCACCUCGAUCUGGUUAUCAACGACCUCAUGUUCUCGGAAAACAUAGAACGGAAUCAGAAAGUAGCGGAAAAUCAAGUAGAUCCUUGAGCUUCGAUGACGAGGAGAAAACAGAUGAAGCUGCGACACCAAAUGGGUCAACAAAAUCUUUCCCUGGUGUCGUCGCACCUUUACCAUCCAAACACCAGGAAAAAUUAUUACAACUUCACAGCGGCAUAUCUUCAUCUCAACACGAUGGUACCAUCAGCACAGCAUCAAUACCAACCGAUAAAAGCUCGGAGAAAUUGAAACGAAUCGAUCUCACAGAUUCAGCAGCUACUCUUUCCAAAUUAUCGGGGCAAGUUCAAACCCCAGUUGAGGCUUCCGUAACCAUGCCAACGCCGGGUGUUGCUAUCGAUAAACCAAAAAGCUUGAUACCUAUACCUUCUAAAUUACCAUUAUCUUUGUCAAAAUCAGCACCAGUUAUUUCAACCACUCCGACUUCAUCCAGUUUACAACCUUCUCCGAGUGCUUCAGAGCAGAGUGCAAAACUCUCGAAGAAAUCUUUAAUUCCGAUACCGAUAUCUUCAAGUCUGGAUCCUUCAUCAGUGGUUGCUAAACAAAAGGGCAAAUCAGAUUUAAGUCCGUCUUCAUCUUUGGGAAGUGAAAGAAGUUUAGAAUACAGUGAACAUUUUGAAUCUGAAUCCACAAAGACAAAAGAUGAUGAUUCAAUUGAAACUGAUGAAAAUAUAAGCGAACACUUCAGUAUAAAUUCAUCUGCAACAUCAAGUGAUAAAUCAGCUGUGUUAUUCAACUUACCUGCUCACGAAGAAACUAAGAAAUCUCUAGAACUAAACAAGGAAGACAGUCUACAAAGCGUUGAAGAUUUUGAAAACGACCAACAAGACAAUGAUGACAAUGAAAAAACUCCUGUAAUGUCCCCUGCACAUACACCUAUACCAUCAUCACCUAGGGAUGCUUUCCCGUUUCAAGAACAAAUCGAUGCUCCAUUUCAUAUAGGAGAUACUGUUUGCUUAGCGGAACGGGAGAAUGGAAUUGUACGUUUUGUUGGGAAAACAUCAUUUGCUCCUGGAAUUUGGGUCGGUGCUGAAUUAAAAGGGGCAAAUGGUAAAAAUGAUGGAUCUGUGGACGGUGUCAGGUAUUUCACCUGUAAACCGAAGCAUGGAAUAUUUGCACCAAUUGCAAGAGUUUCUCUGGUUUCAUCAAAAUCAAAAAUCGAAGCUGGAAUCAAGGAUAUUGUGAAAGACGACAUAGAGAAAGAUGAAAAACUCUCACCAAAAGAUGAAGAACACUCACAAAAAGACUUGAAAGAUGACAAUGAUGAUAAAACUGCAAUGAAAGAACCAGUACUAAGAAGUGAUUUUGAUAGAAAUAGAUUGGCAGAAGAACUUGGUGAUAAACUACUCAACUCAUUGCUGGAGGAUUCUGUGACACACAUUUUGGAAAGUCAUACAGACAAACAACAGAGACUCUCACAUGGUAACGAAAAUUUAUCACCUGAACAAGAACCAGAGGAGGAAAAGCAGGAUCUGGAAGAUGCUGGAAAAGCUAGUGAUGAUGAAGAUAAUGUUUUGCUUUCUGCCUCAACUAAGCAAUUAUUGGAAAUGUUGUCGUCUAGUCCUGAACAAGUUGAGGAACCAGAAGAAAAGAAUGAACCAAACGAAAUCACAUCCCAUGAAUCAUUAGCUGAUACAUUCACUGGAGAUCUUCUUAAAGACACACUUAUUAAGGUUCUGGAAAUACGAAGGCAGAGAGUCAAGAAAUGGCAACAUAUGGAAGAAAAUGAAGAACAACCAGAUAAAACAUUUGAGGAGGAUUCUAAAUUAGAUGAUGGACAUGAGGUUGAAGAUAUUCUUGAAGCCAAAAACAGAAAUUCAGAAUAUAUUGAGGAUGAGGAAAAAGAUAGUACAACUCCUGUUCGUCCAGUCUCUCCCAUAUUUGGAACAAGCCAGGAUGAUGGUUUGGAUGAAUGGUUUGAAGAUGACAUCGGAAUAACUGGAUUUCACAAAAAGAAACCGACAAUUAGUAAAGAUGAUGUUGAUUUUACAGGAGAUGAGGAUGACUUGUGGCAGGAUGGUCGUCUUAUUGAAGUAUUGUCUGGACGAACAGAACCUGUUCCACCUCCAAAAUUUGUUGUUCCUCAUAAACCUGGAGUUAUACUAAAACUUGUGAAAGAAGCAACAAACUACUAUUAUUCCAAGUUUCUUGGAGGAGAAUUGCUAACAGACACUCAAAUUCCUGAUUUCCUUUUCAACGUUUCAUCCGAUGAUUCUUCCAAAGAUGAAAAUUCCGAUAAAGAAAUUGAUGAGGAAAAGAAAGAAGCCGAUCUAAACGCAGAUCACAUAUUCAAGACAAGUCUCUUCGACAUGGUUCGAGAAUUGAUCACCGAAAUAUAUAACAUCAAAUCUUCAACUGAGGAAAACUUGAAACGACCAUUAUGGCUUAAAAAGAAGACAGUAUGUCGGCCAUCAUAUUGCAGAAGGAUGCCAGAAACUGAAGAUGAGAUUGUGAAGAUUGUCAGCAAGCAGGUUUCCAAACUGUUAAAUUUAAGCAAUGAUCCUCAGAAACUCGAUCCAAAGAUAACAAUGAAGUGGGGCAGUCGAAGAAAGAAGGAUAAAGUCGAUCUCAUCUUGAUUCAAGAACUCAGGGAGGAAGAACCUGAAUGGACGAAUUAUGAUGAAGACGAAACAACAGUAAAAAUGCAGUUGACUGAUACUGUUUUAGACAUGUUGGUUUCAGACACUGUACAUUGUCUGAAUAACAUCCAACAAAAAGUAACAGAUAGGAAAACUAAGGAUGAACAUAACGACCAUGAUCCAGAAGAACGCAGCCUGUGAAUUUUACAAUCGGAAUAUUACAGUGUCAAAAAUAACUUUAUGAUAAUGCGUAGCACCCGUAGCAUGCGUUUAUACUACAUUAAAACUGAUUCUGAUCAAAAACGCAAAAAAAGCUCACAAAUACAUUCAGGUAUAAAAAUGCGAAACUGUACAAUUAAACUUGAAUGCACGUUCUUAUGAAUUCUUUCAACACAAGGUUGGUCCAAAAAUAUGUAGUUUAACAUUUGACCCUUCCUAUGAUGAACAAAUAGGUUUAGCGUGGCUAUCUCAGUAAAACCCAUUCUAGAGUUCUUCAUCCAAUUUUCACUGUGAGAGAGAUCAUUUUGUAUAAAUAGCUCAUCUGUAUCAUUUGUAACGAUUGUUACAAAGAUCACGUUUUUAUCUUUUCAUAAAGGCUUUGGCUUCAUAGUUAGAAGAUUUUUUUGUAUGCCUAGAUUUGAGAAAUAUGUUAUUGAAACUAUUAUUUGGUUCAUUGCUUUAUUAUCGCUUAAACAUUUUAUACAGUGCCUGUAUGUGUCAAAAUUUGUAUGAAUUUUAAUAUAGUUUUGUACAACUGUUA